CUGGAACAUCUCCAGUCAAAGUACAUCGGUACGGGUCAUGCUGACACCAGCAAGUGGGAAUGGCUGGUCAACCAGCACCGUGACUCUUACUGCUCCUACAUGGGGCACUUUGACCUGCUCAACUACUUCUCUGUCGCUGAGAAUGAGAGCAAAGCCCGCGUCCGCUUCAAUUUGAUGGAGAAGAUGCUUCAGCCGUGCGGUCCACCCGCAGACAAGCCUGAUGAUGCUUAG